CAGGAAGUGAGCCGGCCCUUGGUGCUCUGGAUCCAGGUCCUGGUCGGUGAUGGACCGGUUUGUGUGGGCGAGCGGCUUGCUGGAGAUUAACGAGACUCUGGUGAUACAGCAGCGCGGAGUCCGCUUGUACGAUGGUGACGACAAGACAAAGUUUGACUUGGGGACUCUUCUUCUUAGCACGCAUAGAUUACUGUGGAGAGAGCAAAAAAAACAUGAUUGCUGCAUUGCUCUGCCUUUGUCACAGAUUAUAUUCUUUGAGGAACAGGCAGCUGGAGUAGGAAAAAGUGCCAAAAUAGUAGUUCAUCUUCAACCAAUUCCUCCCAACAAAGACCCUGGUCCGUAUCAGAACAGCAAGUACUCUUACGUCAAACUGUCUUUCAAGGAACACGGACAGAUUGAGUUUUACAGGCGACUGUCAGAAGAAUUGUCUCAGAAGCGAUGGGAGCAUAUUUCAGUAUCUCAGCCUAUGCAGUCACCCAGUAGAUUGCAAGCAGGAAGAGUGAGGGCUGCUGGAAUUGUGGGUAUUGAAAGGAAGCUGGAGGAAAAACGAAAGGAGACUGACAAAAACAUCUCUGAAGCUUUCGAAGACCUCAGUAAACUAAUGAAAAAGGCCAAAGAGAUGGUUGAUUUGUCAAAAUUAAUAGCAAAUAAAAUCAAAGACAAGCAAGGUGAUAUUUCUGAGGAUGAGACUAUUCGUUUCAAGUCCUAUUUGCUGAGCAUGGGCAUAGCUAAUCCAGUCACCAGAGAAACACACGGAUCCGGAACACAUUACCACAUGCAAUUGGCUAAGCAGCUAGCAGGAAUGUUGCAAGUGCCAGUAGAGGAACAAGGUGGAAUGAUGGCACUGACAGAGGUUUAUUGCUUGACAAACCGAGCGCGAGGCAUGGAGCUUCUCUCACCAGAAGAUCUAGUGAAUGCUUGCAAAAUGUUUGAGGCUCUGAAUCUACCAAUGAGAUUGCGUAUUUUUGACAGUGGAGUGAUGGUAGUUCAGCUACAGUCCCACAAUGAAGAUGAAAUGAUUGCUUCAGCAGUGGAGACUGUGUCAGAGAAAGGUUUUAUUAAUUCUGAAGAGUAUGCUAAGCUCGUGGGCAUUUCUGUACUCCUGGCCAAAGAAAGACUGCUGCUAGCAGAGAAAGUCGGCCACCUGUGUCGUGAUGACUCUGUUGAAAGUCUGCGAUUUUACCCAAAUUUGUUCCUGACGCAAGACUGAAAAUUCACCUGUGAAAAACUGUUCUGUGUUUUCCUUGGAGCCCAGUGACUGAACUAUACGCAGUGUAUCACAGGAUUACUGGAUGACCAUUGAGUUCUGGAUGUCAUGCAUUAAAAUUCAGACUUCAAAACAAGCGCGUCAUAGAAAAGUCCAGCCAGUGAUAUUUAAUGAAGGUUUGGAUUCUACUUCGUAUGUGGAUUCAUGGCAUAAGCAAGAGCUCUGGCCCUAGCUGUGCUUCUACUUUGAGUUGAACCAGAUUUUUUCUGUAGCAUUAUGCAAGUGGUUUACUUCUGAAUUCAAAUCUGAUGGAAACCAAACUAAUGAAGUCAAAUUAAAAUCUUAUCAGGGAAGAAUUCCACAAUUUUGAAUUCUUAGCUCCCUAUGCGCUGUAUGAAGGUUCUUUUCAAUCAUGUUGUUAUAGUAAUGGAAGUCCUUAUUUCAUGUUCCAACAGUAAUCAGUGUCAAGGGUUUUUUUAAACCUGAUAUAUCAAAAUUCCUCUCUGACAAUAUUUUUAAACAUUUUUAUGUUCUCAGCUAUCAUCAAAACACUAUUUUGCCUUUACUGUUUUUGCAUUCUUUCGGGUUAGCUUUUUGUGUUUUUCCCUAAUUUAAUUCUGACUUACUCAGUUGAUAGUUUUCCCCUGUAUGUUCUUUGUUUUUUACACUACCUUUUUUGAUGCAUUUCUCUUUUUGUUGCAUUUUCUUUGUCACUGCUUUCGUUUUUUUUCUCUUAUUUUUGAGCCAGUGUAAAGGGACAGGCAGGAAGUAAUCAGAAAAAAUCCUUAGAGGUGGCAGAAUCAAUUGGAAGGUUGUGGGAGAAAUGUAUGAGAGAUUCGAAAUCAAAAGAAGGGGGAGGACAUAGACAAGAAAGAAAAGGAAAUUAUAUACUUAGAUCAAGCCAAAGCACAAAGGGUAGGGAUGGGACAAAAGGAGAAAGGGGAGCUGAUACAGAAAUAAAAUGUAGACAAGAUUGAGUGAAAGAGGACUUUAGAACCAGCAAAGGAUCUGUUGAAUCUCCAAAACCUUUACAGGAUUUAGUCGUUACUCUGCAGCGUGUGGGUUAAGCUUUCAAACUGGCAGACUAUGGAUUUUAGAGGAUGGAAUGGACACAGGAAUAAAAUGUUUUUUGGUAUUUUUAAAAUUGACCCAUUAUUACCUAUAAAUGACAAACACUCCUGUAGCUCUAAUUUGUAACUAUUUGGUGCCUGAUUUUCAAUUACUAUCUUUACCUGAUUAGGAACCUAUGAAUUUAGUAUUGUUCCCGUAAUAUACUGAGGAUCAAGAACAAAAUUCAAAAAGGCGAAUAGAGAUGGGCCAGCGAGUCGUUUAAGCCGUGAAUGACACGUGUGUGGCUAAGCAGUCAAAUUAGUCGAUAAAUUACACCAGAUUGAUAAUGUAAUUAGAGCAGCAGUAUUACACUAUCCAUGAUACAGAAGAGUAGGCAUGUUUAACUUGCAGCCCUGUGGUCACCUGUGACUGCUGCCACACCACCCCCCCUAAUGAGUGCUGGCAAUCAGUUCUCAAAGCUCAGGAAAUUCAGACCCUUUUCGUAUUUGCUAGCUUUUUCAGUGUUUCAAUUCUGGAGCCUGGAAGUUGAAAGGAGUUGUUUUUAGCAUUCAUUGUGUAUCAGAAUACCAAGGUUUGUUCAUGUUAGCAAUUUGAGAUCUUUGCUAAUUAAGGUGACAUGGGUUUAAACUUUAUAGGUGGCUAUUAAGUUUCCCUGGCAUGUACUUAAGUCGCUUUUGAUAAGUUUGGUGCCAUUGGCCGGGAGUCUCGCCUGCUUGUAGGGCAUAAUGGAAAUUUGGGGGUACACUGCCCAUGAUUUUCCAACCAAAUGGUCAGUGGACGGCUGGAGAUUCUGUUACAUGCUUCUAUCAGGCAACACUCCCGUAUGGCAGUGUGAACUCGUACGUUUGAAUCUAUUAUGUAAAAUAUGUCCUCUUACACUCCCAUUUUGCUGUGAUGCGUUGUAUUUAUUGCAGAAAAAUAAAUGGUAUGUGCAGCA